GAAUGUUUCGUAUUUAUUACGGUAAUAUAAUUCACUUGUUUCUUCAGAAAUUUAUAUUAUAAACAUAUAUAUUUAAUCGAUUAAAGAAUCUUUUUUUCAAAUUGUUUAUACUAUAUUUCUAAUGUUGAUGGGAAGCUAGCUCUGCUUCGCCAUCCUGACACAAACUUUUAUGGCGCCAAUUUUUUAUGUUGUUUCGUUCGUAGAAUUACGAAUUCUGUCUGUACUAUGAUGGAUGACCAUUAUAAUUUAGAAACUCUAGUUGAAUUUUUGGGAGAGGAUUCAUCAGAAGAUGAAGAAGUAAAGGAUCAAAGUACUGCUGAUUUUUCCAAAAACUGCAGUGAAUCUCACACAAAAUCCACUACAUUGAGAAGUAAUGUUCUGGGAAAUAACCAACCAACUCCCAACUCUGAUCCUCACUCCAGUUCCCAAGAGAAUCUUCUGGAUGAGCUACAGAAAAUGAGAGAACGUAUGCAAGAACUAGAACAGAAAUUACAGCAACAAAACUCAACACCGUCACAGCCGGUAAAUUCGAAUUUACCUCAAACCAAUUCUGACCCUAAAUCUCAUAGUUUGUUUAGUGCCGAAGUUGAUCUGUUUACCUCAGAAGGUCAGUCAAGACACGUUUCUUGUUCUAAAACCUCACCAUCUCCUCCCUCUGUGUCUGUCAAACCUUCCACUUCUUUAGUGAAUAACGGCAGAGAAUCUUCGACUUUAAAAAAUGAAUUAUUUGGUGAUAGUGAUAGUGAUUGGGAAGAUUUGGAGGGAGAGAAACCAAAAUUAAGUGAAGAGGGUAAUGAAAUGAAGAAAUUACUGAAAAAGUCUGCAAACCAACGAAUCGCCCAUUCGGCCACGCAUGACGUGGCAAGCCUGCGAGCGAAAGCUGUGAAGAAGAAAUCACCAGUUCAAACUAUCAUUAAUGUUGAAAAACAGUUUAAUGGACAAUCUGAUCCAAAAGCAAACGUUUUCACAAAUACAACUGCUGCUAAUAACAAAUGUGAUACAGAUCCUUUUUCAGGAAUUCGUAUUGUUAAUCCCAAAGUAUCCUCUUCCACCAUGAAAAUACGAAUGCAAGAUAGGCGAAUGAUUAAAUUAUCUCACAUCCAUAACAAAAAUCCCAAGGAAUUAUCUGAAUGUGACUGGGUAACUAUUGCAGUUGUGGUACAGAAAGGGGAACCAAGGAAAUCUUCCAAAGGAAAUACAUAUAGUAUAUGGAAAUUGAAUGAUUUACAGAACUGUGAGGAAAGUGUUUCAUUUUUCUUGUUCAGUGAAGUGUAUAAAACUCACUGGAAAUUGGUUGUUGGUAGUGUGAUCGGUUUAUUAAAUCCAAACAUGAUGGAUAAAUCUGAAAGAAAGCAAUCUGAUAUUGCUUUCACCAUUAGCCAUCCCAAUAAAUUAAUGGUUAUUGGUGAGUCUGCUGAUAUGGGGAAAUGCCAACAACGGAAGAAGAAUGGUACUCCAUGUACAAAUAUUGUGAAUAAGAUGCAAGGAGAAUUCUGUGUCUAUCAUGUCACUAGUGCUUAUAAAUUAACUUGUGCUAAAAGGAGUGAAUUAAAUAGCUACACUGGUGUCACUCCUAAAUGCUUCACCAAGAAGGUUCUGCCUAAGGGAGGGAUGUUUUUUUAUGAAGGUAAAUCUUAUACAUCAUUACCCUUUGGCAAUACACAGCAAAAAGACAAAAUUACUGUGAACAAACUGCAACAUCAACAGAAUAAGCUGGGACAAGCUAGGCUGUCAACAAUGAGUCUUCAGAAGAUCAGUGGCAAAGAUCAGGCAAUUCUUAAUAAACUUUCUUCAGAUAAGGAUCAGGCAUUCUUAGAUAUGCUGAGUACACCAUCAGUUGGGUCAAUGAACCUCGUGAAACAUUUACUGAAGAAAGAGAAGAUUGCGGCAGAGUCUGGGACAAAUGUCUCUGUUGUUUCUAUCAGCCCAUUAGAACUUCUCAAGAAACACAAACAACAAAUGGAAAUGAAAAAAACAAUCACUAAACUGUCUAAUCCAGUUUUAGGGAGGGGUUUACAAACUGGAUUAAACAUUAACUUAGAUUGUGUCAAGCCAGGAUCCUCAAAUUCUUCUGAAAUAUCAAAAAUAUUGGCUGUCAAGAAAAUCCAAAGUAGUGGAGGGCUUCAGAAAGAAGAUCCUAAUGCUGUCCGUAAACAAAAUGAUUUAAAGGUUAUGGAAAAGAUUAAGAAAAGAAUCUCCCAAGACUUACAACCAUUGACAGAAGAGGUGUCUGCUUCACAGCCUCCUCAAGCUAAGAGAUCAAAACUAUUAGGAAAUAUUGACUUAAAUUCAUCAGAAAUAAAGAAAUUGAUGAAAUUAAAGUCAUCCCAUUCUGGUGCCAUUACAGAAAUGGAAAAUGAAAAACAGGAGAAUUACUUCAAUACUUUGGAGAAGAAAGAGGCAUGUGAAGUCAAAAUGCAAUCUAUAACUGAAAUGAAAUGUACAUUGUUCAGCUGCAAGUUGUGCAGCUAUACUGCAUUAUCUAUUGGUGAUAGGUGCAAGAAAGAACGCCAUCCAGUGAAGAAACAUGAAGGCAUGAAACGAUUCUUCAAAUGUCGUAAAUGUAAAACUCGUCGCAUUGCUUUUACACUGAUGCCUAAAGAUCCUUGCAAUGAAUGUGGUGAAUAUAAUUUUGUAAAGACCUCAAUGAUGCCUGAGAAAUCAGGCCCUAAACUUCAAUCUGAACAACUCUCCUUGCGAGGGGAUGAAGCAAAGAAUUUGAAUAGUUUGUCCUAUAAUAUAACUGCUUCCAUUGAACUCUAAUUUGGAAUUAUUUUCACACCUAAACAUUGCUCAUGAAUUUGAUAUUUUUUUUUACCAUGUAUAUUAUAAACUCGAGCACUUUAUUCACAGACAUUCAUUUUUAGUGAAUGUUGGAAACAUUUUCAUUUUGAUAGCUCACUGCUUCCAUGUGUGUGCAUAUAUAUAGUCCUGUAAAUCCUUUUUAUCAAUCAUAUCUAUGUAAACAUUUAUUUUAUAAAGUAUUUAUUUUUUCAAAUGUUAGGAUGUUUUUUAUUUCACUGUUACUUUGAAAAACAAAAUUCGUCUACUAAUUUUCAUAUGAUUCUAUCAACUUUUGAACUUUGUUGAAGUGGGUAGAGAGGAUAGGUGAGGGCAGGUAGUGUACCACCCUCUAAAGAGAUAUAAUUAGGGUGUUACACUAUCAGUAUUGAAACAAGAAGUAGGAUGAAGCUGGAUUAUAAAAUCACUAUGGCCUGCAAGACUUAAGGGUAAUCUCUUAUCAGUUAAUAGGUCAGUCUUAAUAGUUAUGGUCAGUGUUUCGUGUGUUUUGCGCUUAUUGUUUGACCACAUUGGUAUUUUUAACCAGCUGUUAAAUCUCUCUCUAAGGCAUAGAAAACCUGUAAAAUAAUGAUGAUGAUGUGUGUGUGUGUGUGCAUAUAAGUUUAUUAUAUUAUUUUUGGUACAACCAUUUAGAAACUGCUGUAGCAUGACCUUGCUGAUAAUGUUCAAACAUGAAAGUUUAUCAUGUUUGAACAUUAUCAGCAAAUUAAACAAUAUGCUUGCUCAUUUUAUCUCCAUUUUCCAUUCUAAUAUGAGUUGCACAAAUCUAUAUGAAGUUAUAUUCAGUUUCAAUGACUACUCCUAUGCACAACCAGAAUCUUUGCACUAUUUAUUUCAGCCAUCAACUGGACAAUGCCAGCCUUCAGUUAAGCUAUAAUAUUGCGGUUGGUGAUUAGUCACCCUUUCAACAACACUGAACAUACUAGUCC